AUGGCCCUGACCCGCAGGCCCUAUCUACCCGCCUCCGUAUUCCCCCCUAUUCCCCCGGGUCCCCUCCGCGCGCCAACUGGUCUGGCGGUGGGCCACCCCAGGUCCAUUCGACCAGGCACCAGACCACCCCCGGACCUUUUGCCCCAGGCACCGGACCGCCCCGUGCCUUUUCGGUCCGGCGCCCACCCACCCCCGGACCUUUUGCCCCAGGCACCGGACCGCCCCCGUGCCUUUUCGGUCCGGCGCCCACCCACCCCCGGACCUUUUGCCCCAGGCACCGGACCGCCCCCGUGCCUUUUGCCCCGGGCACCACACCCCCCGGACCGUUUUGCCUCGCGACCUAGGCCGCUCGCAUCACGUGAUCACUCCCACCCGGCCUCCCAAGGCACCCUCCCGCGCCAACUGGUCCGCCAGUGGGCCUUUGUCCCGUACCUCGCCCCUACCCGCCAGGCACCAUCCACCUCCCUGUAUUCUCCCCAAGCCCCCUCCGCGCCAACUGGUCUGGCGGUGGGCCACCCCAGGUCCAUUCGACCAGGCACCAGACCACCCCCGGACCGCCCCGUGCCUUUUCGGUCCGGCGCCCACCCGCCCCCGGACCUUUUGCCCCAGGCCCCUUGCCCGCCAGGAGGGGCACCCCCCAGCCCGGCGACGCCCGCCCCGGGGGCCACAUGA